AUGGCGGACAAUAAGAAUAUUGUCAUUCUCGGGGGUUCCUACGGGGGCGUCUCGACCGCUCACUACCUGCUUAAACAUGCUGUACCUCAGCUUCCCGACGGCGAUUCCUACCAGGUCGUCCUGGUUAGCGCAUCGACGCAGGUAAUCUGUCGCCCGGCCUGUCCUCGCGCCCUGAUUUCGGACGACAUGUUUCCUCAAGACAAGCUCUUUGUCGACAUCCCGCCGUUGUUCGAACAAUAUCCCGCGGGACGCUUCCGCUUUGUGCACGGCUCGGCCGUGAAGUUGGACCAUGCUGAUCGGACUGUGUCGGUCCAGUUAGCGGAUGGUCAGAAGGAGACGACGGCCACGAUCGCGUUCCACGCCCUGGUAGUUGCCACUGGUGCGUCUACCUCAUCUCCGUUGAUGGGGUUGAACGGCGAUGAAAACUCCCUGCGCGCUGCCUGGUCGGCCUUCCGCCAGGCGCUUCCGACUGCCAAAAGCAUCGUCAUUGCCGGCGGGGGCCCGACAGGGAUUGAGACAGCAGGUGAACUUGGCGAGUAUCUGAACGGGCACGCCGGCUGGCUUCGCUGUAAGCUGGAUAACCCCAAGGUGGCUAUCACGGUGGUCACGUCAGGGGCUCAAGUCUUGCCCGUCCUGCGGACCAGCAUUGCGAGCACGGCAGAAGACUAUCUCGCUCGCGUCGGGGUGAAGGUCAUCAAGAACACCAAAGUGGCUACGGUCACGCCGCCGGAGGCAGGGACUACACAGGCCACCCUGACGACCAAGACCAGCCUCACCCUAUCUGACGGACGCACGUUGGAGGCCGACAUCUACAUCCCUGCGAUGGGAGCCAAACCUAACACGGGGUUCAUCGAUGGGUCCCUGUUGGCUGCGGACGGCCGCGUGCAGACCAAUGCCUCGACGUUGCGGGUCGAGGCGGCGGGUCCACGCAUCUAUGCCAUCGGCGAUGCGGCCACGUUCGCGCGGCCAUCCGUGCAUUCGAUCAUCAACGCGAUUCCCGUGCUGGGCGCCAACAUCAAGCGCGAUCUGCUUCUUGCAGCUGGGGCUACUGCAGGUGAGGACCGGGUCUUCACAGAAGACGUGCGCGAGACGCAGCUGGUCCCGAUCGGGCGGAGCAAAGGUGUCGGUGCGGUGAUGGGAUAUCGCGUGCCCAGCCUGCUUGUCUGGGGUAUCAAGGGGCGGGAUUACUGGCUGUGGACGACUGGAGGGUUGUGGAGUGGUAAACAAUGGGCCAAGGAAUCAUAG